AUGGAAGAUGCACACGCCGCAGUACUCGACCUACAACCCGAGGAAAAUGGCAAAUCCAAACAGCCAUCGCCCCCAGAUAAACGGUUAUCGUAUUUUGGUGUCUACGAUGGGCAUGGUGGGGAAAAAGUCGCGCAGUUCGCUGGGGAGAAUAUCCACAAGAUUGUCGCAAAACAGGACUCAUUCUCCAAAGGAGACAUUGAGCAAGCCUUGAAGGAUGGCUUUCUCGCCACUGAUCGUGCGAUCCUCAAUGAUGCUCGUUACGAAGAUGAGGUAUCCGGAUGUACCGCAUCCGUUGGCAUCAUAUCAAAAGACAAAAUAUGGGUGGCCAAUGCUGGAGACUCUCGCACUGUCCUUGGUGUCAAAGGGAGAGCAAAGCCGCUGUCCUUCGACCACAAACCCCAGAACGAAGGCGAGAAAGCCCGUAUAAGUGCUGCGGGAGGCUUUGUGGACUUUGGUCGAGUCAAUGGCAAUCUCGCCCUGUCACGUGCCAUAGGCGACUUUGAAUUCAAGAAGAGCGCGGAUCUUUCCCCUGAGCAGCAGAUUGUCACAGCCUUUCCCGAUGUGAUCACGCACGAGGUCUCGUCCGAUGAUGAGUUCUUAGUGAUUGCCUGCGAUGGUAUAUGGGAUUGUCAAUCUUCGCAAGCCGUGGUCGAGUUUGUGCGAAGAGGGGUUGCUGCCAAACAAGAGCUACAUCUCAUUUGCGAGAACAUGAUGGACAACUGCCUCGCGUCCAACAGUGAGACCGGCGGUGUUGGCUGUGACAAUAUGACAAUGAUUGUUAUCGGCCUGCUGAACGGCAAAAGCAAAGAAGAGUGGUAUGAGAUGAUCAGUAAACGAGUGGCAGACGGUGAUGGACCAUGUGCGCCACCAGAGUACGCUGAAUUCCGCGGACCGGGUGUCCGACAUCAAUUUGAUCACGACAGCCCGGACGAGUACGAACUCGACCUUGACCACCGGCCUAGAGGGCUCGGGGGCCGGAGUGACGACACGGAAAUGUUCGAUCAAAGUGAAGAAGACAAAGAUGCGGCGAACCAGGUCAAGAAGGGCACUCCAGACACAUCAGAUAUCGAGUCUGCGCGAAGCGAGCGAGAAGGCACUCCGGCCCCCCAAUCGGCGGCUGAUGAAUCGAAAGCGCCAAAUCACCAGGAUGCCUCGCACAGCAAAGACACCGAGAACAGAGAGACAGCGGAUGACACGACCCAGAAGGCUGCUGCCUGA